AAUAGUUUCUUAAACUCUUUGAAAUUGAAGUUAAUUUUCUGUAUCCUUAUUAAUUUAGGUUUUAGAGAUCUGGCACUGUUAAUUAAAUACAUUUGGAUGUGUUUUCGAGUAUUCAUUUAAUACAGAACAUUCACACCUUCGCUUAAAAGAAAAGUUGUCAAAUAAUUUUCCUAGAAAUUUUAUAUCCUACCCACAUAAUAAAAUAAAUUGCAAGACAGACACUGAAAGAGAUGUCAGAAGAUUCGGAAGAUUCAGACAGAAGUAUCAGUGAUGACGAUGACUCAGAUGAUGAACCAUUCUUGAAAUUUGUAAGUGAUGACAUUCAUCCGUGUACACUACUAGCAGCUGAUUCUAUUGUUGACCCAUUCUUCCCUCGGACCACACAAAUUUUAUUGGAGUAUCAGUUAGGGCGAUGGGUACCUCGCCUCCGUGAACCACGAGAUUUAUAUGGUGUCUCUUCUUCUGGUCCACUGAGCCCAACACGGUGGCCAUACCACUGUGAGGUCAUUGAUAAAGAAGUCCAACAUAUUGAGUGGACUCCUUUUUUUCCUGAGCCAGUAUAUGUCCCAACAGGCCUGGAAAUAGAACCUGUUUACCCAAACUCCAAGGAAGAUACUGUGGUUUACCUAGCUGAAGAUGCUUACAAAGAGCCCUGCUUUGUGUAUUCCCGAGUUGGGGGUAACCGAACAUCACUGAAACAACCUGUGAAUACCUGUGACAACACUUUGGUCUUUGAAGCAAGGUUUGAAAGUGGUAAUCUACAGAAGGUAGUCAAAGUGGCAGAAUAUGAAUACCAGUUGACUGUGCGCCCAGACCUCUUCACAAAUAAGCAUACUCAGUGGUUCUAUUUCCAGGUCACUAAUACCCAACCAGAGAUAGUCUACAGAUUCACUAUUGUCAACUUCACCAAGCCUGCUAGUCUUUAUAAUCGGGGUAUGAGGCCACUGUUCUAUUCUGAGAAAGAGGCCAAGACCCAUAGCAUUGGCUGGCAAAGAAUAGGAGACCAAAUCAAGUAUUACAAAAACAACCUUGGGCAAGAUGGGCGCAGUUUUUUUUCUCUUACAUGGACAUUUCAAUUUCCACACAGCAAGGAUACUUGCUACUUUGCUCACUGUUAUCCAUACACUUAUACCAACCUUCAAGAAUACCUUUCUGGCAUCAACAGUGAUCCAGUAAGAUCAAAAUUUUGUAAAAUACGUGUCUUGUGCCACACACUUGCUAGGAAUAUGGUCUAUGUCUUGACAAUAACUACUCCCUUGAAGAACAGUGACUCAAGAAAGCGCAAGGCUGUGAUUUUGACGGCAAGGGUCCAUCCAGGAGAGACCAACAGCUCCUGGAUCAUGAAAGGCUUCCUAGAUUAUAUUUUAGGAGACUCGAGUGAUGCCCAGCUGCUUCGGGACACUUUCAUCUUCAAGGUGGUACCAAUGCUGAAUCCGGAUGGUGUGAUUGUGGGGAAUUACCGAUGUUCCUUAGCUGGACGGGAUUUAAACCGCAAUUACACAUCUCUCCUGAAGGAAUCUUUCCCUUCUGUUUGGUAUACGAGGAACAUGAUCCAUAGAUUAAUGGAGAAACGAGAGGUUAUUUUAUAUUGUGAUCUUCAUGGCCAUAGUAGGAAACAGAACAUCUUCAUGUAUGGCUGUGAUGGUAGCCACAGAUCUAAAGCAAAAGGAUUAUAUUUACAGCAACGAAUCUUUCCGCUCAUGCUUAGCAAAAAUUGCCCAAAUCAAUUUUCCUUCUCAGCUUGCAAGUUUAACGUUCAGAAGAGCAAAGAGGGGACAGGAAGGGUUGUGAUGUGGAAGAUGGGCAUCAGGAACAGCUUCACACUGGAAGCUACCUUCUGUGGAUCUACUCUGGGCAAUAAACGAGGCACUCAUUUCAGCACAAGAGACUUAGAGUCAAUGGGAUAUCAUUUUUGUGAUUCUCUAUUGGACUACUGUGAUCCUGACCAGAGCAAGUAUUAUCAGUGCCUUAAAGAAUUAGAAGAAAUGGAAAAACAUAUAAACUUGGAAAGAUCCUUUGAUGAUUCAGAUACUUCUCUAGUGGAAAUUUCAAUGGAUGUAGAGUCUAGUAGUCAAGGCUCUGACAGUUCAGACUCCAAUGACACUCAGACUUAUCUUCUCAAGUUGUCUUCUCAGGUGAAAAAUAAGAAAAAGUAUCUGAAAACAAAGAGGAAAAGAAAUGCUACCCUAGCAAUCCGCCAGAAUAACAGAAGAGAGCUCAGUAAGACAGAAAUACUACUACAGAAUACAGCAGCCAAAAAAAUAGAUGACACCUCUCCCCCAGCUACCAGAAAUGCCUUCCCAGGAGGAGCAAGGGACUGGCUCCAACUACCUGUUUCUGGGGCUAAGUUCAAGGUUUAUGGUAAAGAACAUUUACUCCAAAAACACGAAGAAUCAAAUUCUAAAGUGAAAGUUCCUGGCGUGUGAUUCAGAGUCUUAACAAAG